UAUACCUGAAAAAUAAAUGUGCAUGCAGUUGGUGGUAUCGGUAUGGUUCAAAUCAAAUAGAAUGGACCAAGGAAAUACUCUGUUAACGUCGCCACCUCUCUCUCCCUCCCUCUCCAUGGAGAGCCAAUUUAUCUCUCUGUAGCUUCGCUGGUUCGGUCUCUCGCUCAGCUUCGAAUUCCAUGAAUUUAUCUGCUUAAAGCCAUAUACUGGUAAUAGAAAGCUUUGUUGGAUGAUUGUAGCUUUCAAUAGCUAUGAGUAGACCUUCGGCAGGGCUUGGGAAGCCAUCUUCAGGUAGAAGAAGAUUAAAAGAACUAUCGCUUCAACGUGAUAAUCGUGCUUGUGCUGACUGUGGUGCUCCAGACCCCAAAUGGGCGUCAGCCAACAUUGGGGUGUUCGUAUGCUUAAAAUGCUGCAGCGUGCAUAGAAGCCUUGGUACCCGUAUCUCAAAGGUGUUGUCUGUUUCAUUAGAUGAAUGGUCUGAUGAUCAGAUUGACGCAAUGAUUGAGGUUGGAGGAAAUGAUUCUGCUAAUUCCAUUUAUGAGGCUUUUAUUCCUGAAGGGUACUCAAAACCUGGGCCAGAUUCUAGUCAUGAGGAUCGUGCAAAGUUUAUCAGGUCUAAGUACGAGCUGCAACAAUUUUUGAAGCCUAGCUUGCGGAUCUCAUCAAUUCCUGGUGCUAAAAAAUCUUCUCUCCAGGCAACCUUCUCCAGGAAGCUAAUGGCUAGCUUUCGAAGUUCAAGUUCAUCACAGAAAGCAGAUAGCUUGGUGGAAUUUAUUGGAAAUUUGAAAAUCACAGUAGUAAAAGGCACAAAUUUAGCUAUCAGAGAUAUGCUGUCAAGUGAUCCUUACGUUAUCUUAACUCUUGGGGAUCAGAAGGUCCAAACAACUAUAGUAAAGAGCAACUUAAAUCCAAUCUGGAAUGAGGAACUCUUGCUUUCAGUUCCUGAGGACUAUGGAAUCCUAAAACUGCAAGUGUAUGAUCAUGACACGUUUUCAGCCGAUGACAUAAUGGGGGAAGCCGAUAUUGAUAUCCAACCUCUGAUAACCUCUGCAAUGGCAUUUGGUGAUGCUGGAAUGUUUACAAACAUGCAAAUCGGAAAAUGGUUGAAAUCUCAUGACAAUGCGCUGAUAGAAGAUAGCACCGUAAACAUAGUUGAUGGCAAGGUGAAACAGGAAAUACCACUGAAGCUCCAAAAUGUGGAAUCUGGUGAAUUAUAUUUAGAACUAGAGUGGAUACCUGUUGACUAGUUGUAUAUAGAGAUAGUUCUCCCUUCUCCUUUACAUGGAAAAAUAAACCCAAAAUACGUUGUAUGAGCCAUUUAUUCUAAACUGUUGGCACACAGUGCCUCCCCCCCUUUUUUUUUUGUAUUUAUUCAUUGAUCAAUUCCAGUUUUGACUAUUUUCAUUCUUA